AUAACGUCGAACGACAUUUAAUUGGGCUUCGAUGACAUAAUGAGAAAAUGUCAUCUCAUUCUCUCCCUCCUUCGUUCUCUGCUUCCAUCGAGAUCGGUAGCGUCAUUCAGGGCCCCGUGCGUCUUUAUGCGGAACACAUCAAAUGCUCUUAAGAGCGAGAGAGAGAAAGUGACGCUCCGAACUGACGUUGCGACUGUCGCAAGUGUAACGAGUUUUCGCAUUCCCUCGUGGAAUUUCAUUCCGAUUUUAAACCGGCCGAUGUGCGGACUCGUAAACAAAAGGAUGAACGCGCAGGAGACAGUGGAGGAGCUGACGCAGAUCUGCAUUCAGUUGCGUUUGCACCUGGACGAUCUGACGGAACGAAGGGAGAAAGAAGAGUUGGUCCUAAAGCACAUUAGGAAGUUUGAAAACAGCGGAGCGGAGGCUCACGAUUUUCCAAAAGGCUUAGAAUGGUUCAACGUGUCAGAGGGAUUGUCACUUGGGCAGCAUCUAAAGGGAAAGAUCGUGCUUUUGGAUUUCUUUACAUACUGCUGCAUCAACUGUAUGCAUGUUUUGGCUGAGUUAGAAGAGGUCGAAAAAAAAGUCUCUGUAGAGGACGGUCUCGUGGUAAUCGGAGUGCAUAGCGCCAAAUUUACAAAUGAGCGCAGUUCGAAGAAUGUCCUAUCUGCUGUACAGAGAUACAAUAUCAUGCAUCCUGUAGUGAAUGACAUAACGUUAAGAAUGUGGCACGAUCUGGGAAUAAUGUGUUGGCCUAGCCUGAUUAUGUUAGGACCUAGUGGUCAACCACUGGCCGUUUUUGUGGGUGAAGAUCACAAAGAUGAAAUACUGUUAUAUACCAAAGUAGCGAUAGCGCAUUUCAAGUCUUUAAAUCAAAUGUCGAAUCACAGUCUUCCGCUGAAGCCAGCACAUCACCUUUUACCAUCUUCUAAAGAUGGUCUAUUGUUUCCUGGCAAACUAACAGUUCUUCAGUCAGAGCAAGGGACGAAGCUAGUCAUAUCUGAUAGUGGUAACAAUAGGAUUGUGAUUACAAAUGAGCAUGGUAGAGUGGAGCAUGUUGUAGGUGGAUGCAGUCAGGGUUUUAAAGAUGGCAAUUUUAAAAAUGCUAGAUUUAAUUCACCACAAGGAACUUGUGUGCUCAAUAAUAUAAUCUACGUUGCGGACAAUAAUAAUCAUGCCAUUAGGAAAAUAAAUUUGAGCGAAAAAGUCGUGUCCACCAUAGCUGGUACUGGUUCACAAGGUUGCGAUCGAAAUGGUGGAGGACACGGUACUGAUCAAGCUUUGUCGUCCCCUUGGGAUGUGGCAAUUUAUCAUUACGAGUAUAAAGGCACUGUUAUACCAGUCUUGUUAAUUGCCAUAGCAGGUACUCAUCAAAUCUGGGCGCUGUUUUUGGAAGAUACUAUUUGGUGGAAGGAAAAAAAAUACAAAGCGGGAACAUGCGUUGCUAUCGUUGGAAGCGGCCGGGAGGAAAAUCGUAACAAUAGUUAUCCACACGCAGCGGGACUAGCACAACCCUCCGGCAUCGCAAUUGUUGAGGAAUGUAAAGCUGCAUUUUUUGCGGACAGCGAAAGCAGUGCUAUCAGACGCUUGCAUUUAGAUAGCGGUCAAGUAUCUGCUGUUUGUGGAGGGGAUAAAAAUCCAGCGAACUUGCAUGCUUUUGGAGAUGUAGACGGAAAAGGGUAUUCGGCUAAACUUCAACAUCCAUUGGGUGUAACGUGGAAUCACUUAGAUAAACAAAUUUAUGUGGCUGAUACAUACAAUCAUAAAAUUAAGAGCAUAGAUAUUGCGACAGGGCACUGUAAGACAUUGUUUGGCGAUGGCAAACCUAAUCGAACGUUCACUUUCAAUGAACCGAGUGGCCUUGCUGUCAGUCCAGAUGGUAACAUUCUUUACAUAGCAGAUACCAAUAAUCACGUUCUUAAGAUUAUUGAUCUAAAAAACGAGAAAGUUUCAACCAUGACUGUCACAUUCAGACGUGAUUCAAAUAGAAAUAUUGAUAAUGUGUUUGCUUUUGACACAGCAGUGAAUACACGUGGCGGUGAACUAAAUGCUUCAUUUAAUAUCGUAUUCACAAACGAUUUGAAAUUAAAUGCAGACGCACCGCAAGAAUGGCAGGUGUCUUUACCCGCAAAUACGUGGACGGCGAAAUCUUUGACGGGUAGACUUUCGACUCCCAUAUCGGUGAAACUUCCCGAAGAAGAAGAAGAACGCAAUCAAUUGCGCGUCACAUUAAACAUAAUGGCUUGCACAGCGGACACGUGCGUACCACUAAAGUUGUCUGUAUUGUUCAAUGUACAACGAAGAACAGAUGCGCCAACAGUUGUUACUGAGGAGAAAGAACUCGUUAUUGGCUAAGAAAUGCGUUUUUACGCUUUCGAUAUAUGUCGAAAAGUGUAAACGUGUACGUUGCAUAAUACUUUUAAGAUAUUAAAUUUGGAAAUAUGUAUUUAUAUAUAUAUAAUAUAAAUAUGUUUACAAGUAAUAGUUGUAUUACUACAUAUAUUUUAUGAAAUUUUAUAUAUAGCUCUUACCUAUUGCAUCAAUUUCUUGCUACAGUUUCUUAUAUUUUCCUAUAAUUUUUAAUCGUUCUCUUAAGCGUAAUUGUUCUUUAUGCAUCAUGUCGAUAGAGGCGAAUGUCUCGUAAAUUUUGUCAACCUUAAUACAAUUAGAACAAAACUCGAUUGUAAUAUUUUAUUAACUAAUAUUAUAAUUAAAUUAUUUUAUUUUAAAA